ACAGACGCAGGACAGUGGAGGGGGAAGACACAGCUACAAACGUAUAUUAGAGUUGAAGUAAGGAUGUAGAAGUUACUGUAUUUGACCACAAGUGUGUUAAGAUGUCAGAGGGAGUCUAUGAAAACUCAGAUGGAUUUGAAGACAACAAACCUAAUGCAAUGAAGAACACAGACAUUGAUGGCCAAUUAUACGGCAAUGUGGGAGCCUUCAAACCCAGUCCAAGAGUUGGAGUUGUUGCUUCAGAGCCUGACAGCUCAGGGAAGAGACCCUUCCUAGUUGCUGCUGUGUUUCUGGGGCUGCUGUGUGUUCUACUGGCUGGGAUCAUAGGCCUGUCUGUCUACUAUAACAGAGCCAUCAAAGACUCUGAAGAUAAAAGGAACACCUUGUUCCAGAGUUUCUCCCUUUAUGAAAUCAACGCAACUGAAGAGAGAGACCAGUUACAGACCCGAUACAACAACCUGACCAAAGAGAGAGACCAGCUACAGACCAGAUACAACAACCUGACUACAGAGAAAGACCAUAUUCAGGCAAAGCUUUUUGUGAUAGAGCAGCAUUGUCAGAAGGGAUGGAGAUACUUUGACUCCAGUUUGUACUUCCUCUCUACUGAGACUAAAACCUGGAAGGAGAGCAGACAGGACUGUCUGGAGAGAGUUGCAGACCUGGUGAUCAUAAACAGCAAUAAGGAACAGACAUUUCUCUUCAACCUCCACACGAGAGCCUGGAUUGGUCUGACUGACUCUGUUACUGAGGGGACCUGGAAGUGGGUGGACGGCACAACACUGACCACAGGGUACUGGAGGGCAGGACAGCCUGAUAAUGGUGGUCUGUUCUCUGGGCAGGAGGACUGUGUUGAGAUAUACUAUGGACAAGAUGACCCUGUAAAGACAUGGAAUGAUGACAAAUGUGGGACAAAUCAUAACUGGAUCUGUGAGAAAGCGGUGUGACAAUAACCUACUGUAACAAUCUCUCUCUGUCUUUCUCUCUCUCUCUCUCUCUCUCUCUCUCUCUCGUUGAUGGUGGAAUACAGUACUGAAUGGUUAAGUGAUGAAUCCACCUAGUGGUUAAAGUGAGAGAUGAACUCACCAUAGAAGUGAAAUAGUCAAUGACUUGUCUAUGAGCUGUUUUUCAAUUUUGCAUUACUUGAUUCCUCCUCACAUUCUCUCUCCCCUCCUUCUCAAAACACAUUGGAGAAUACAAUCCUAGUGGAGUAGGGGCCUUGGACCUUCUCCUCUAACAGGGUUGAAAGGAGGAGAAGAGAUAGGAGGAGAGGAAUCUAGGAAAGUCUAAUUGAGAUAGAGGAGGAAGAAGAAAAUUAAGAGAAUGUGUUUAGAUUUAGAGGAGAGUAUGUAGUCAUACUGUACUCUGUAAAAUUAUUCUUCAAUAUUUUUAUUAGAAACAUGUUAUGUGAUUUGCCAUAGGCUUAUGCUUAAUACAAAAAAGUGGGUCCAAUUAUUAACCUAUGUUUAUCAUUUUAAUAAUAAGAAUAACAAAGUCACAGAUUAAUAAAUAAAGGAAAAAUGUU